AUGGUGGAUCUGAAUAUGGCUCCUGAAGGUAGUCAAGAAGGGUCUAAUGUUGAAGUGGACAAUGCUGAGUUGGAUGACGGCGUUGAAAGUCACGAUGGUUCCGCUGUUAGGGAUCCGAUGAUGGAUCAGUAUGAAGUUAACCCUGAUGAUCGAGACGAUGCUGAAGAAGAACCUGUCGAAAUUUCUGAUGAUGGUGACGAUGAAGAAGAGAUGAACUGUUACGGCAAUGAGUGGUCCUUCACCCAGGGAGGCCCUAAAGAUGAUCCAAGGAAUGAGUUUGAGGUUGGACAACAUUUUCAAAAUAAGGAAGAAGUCAUGUUGGCUGUUAAGAUGUACAACAUCAGGAGGGCUGUGGAGUACAAAAUAGUAAACAGUGACCAGUGGAGGUAUAAUGCACAGUGUAUCCAAUUCGGACCGGGUUGUAAUUGGAGCAUACACAUAUCAUAUCGCCGUAAGGUAGAAAAAUGGGAGGUGAGGAGAUACAGAGAUCCUCACAGAUGCAUGCAAACUUCGAUGGGACAAGACCAUCGUCGGUUGGAUUCGAAGGUGAUUGCGCAAUACAUUUUCACAAUUGUAAAAGCGGAUCCAACAAUAAGUAUCAAAGUUCUGCAAGGAGGUUUAGAGAAACACUUCGGUUACAAGGCAUCGUACAGAAAGGUUUGGCUCACAAAACAGAGAGUGAUUGCUAGCAUAUAUGGGGAUUGGGAGGAGUCAUAUAACGAGCUUCCUCAUUGGUUGUUCGCUAUGCAAAUGUACUUGCCUGGUACUUGGGUGCAACUUGUCACUCAGCCUUGGCCUGGUUUAGCUGAUACCGUCAUGUUUCAUCGGGUGUUUUGGACAUUUCCACCAUGCAUUAAGGCUUUCAAGCAUUGCAAGCCACUAAUUUCCAUUGAUGGAACACACUUAUAUGGUAAAUACGGUGGGAUGCUGCUCAUGGCCAUAGCUCAGGAUGGCAACGCAAACAUUUUGCCUGUUGCGUUUGCCGUGGUCGAGGGUGAGACAAAGGAGGCAUGGUCGUUCUUUCUGUCCUAUCUGCGUCAUCAUGUGACUCCACAACCCGGUGUCUUAGUGAUUUCAGACAGGCACAAAUCAAUUGAUGGUGCACUGAAUGCCGAUGAUAGUUUAUGAAAACCACCUCAUGCUUUCCAGGCAUUUUGUAUGAGACACAUUGCUUCUAACUUCAUCACUCACUUCAAGAAC